CCGCCAGGACCAUGGUGAGGGCGCGGAGAUAACAGUUGGGAGUUGCUGCAAUGUAAACGCCGCAGCAGUUACAUUCAAGAUACAAAGUUAUCGGUUGCGUGUUGUAGGAAUAAUACUGGUACGUUUCAUCCUGGACUUUUUAAUCAUUGGAAUUGUGUUAUCCUGGAGUUGUGGCAAAUAUAACUUUCGGCGACUUCUCUACCCAGGAAAACCAUUUGGGCAUUGCGACUGGUGUCGGACUGAAUAGAGGUCGUCUUUCUUCUGUCACUCGUAUUUAUAAGUGAUUGCAUUUCAAUGUUUGUGUUUUUGUGAAGUUGCCGUGGAUUAAAUUCAACCUUGCGCGUUUGGUAGGCUGAAGAGAAGAGCCAGAAGAGAGCCAUACGGACACGUUUCGGUGGACUAAAAGGUAUUGGGGACAUUCGGCUAUCCAGGUCAAUCUUUCCAAACGUGAAAGACAAUUUAUCCCAAUAUUUGGCAUCGUCUAACAAGACGAGUUGUGGGGGAAAGCAAGGCACACUUGCCUGAGAACGCUUGGGAACAUUUAGGAGUGGCGCCACCGGGAGAAGAUGCUCUCUGUGCGGAUACAGCACCGCUUGGGUUCCGGUCAUCUGCUGGCCCUACUUUUAAUCUCUGGGACUCUGAUUCCAAAAACAGAGUGCAGUGACUACAGUGAGGUUCUACCCGACUCGUAUCCCUCGGCCCCGGCGGAGCCUCUGCCAGAGUUCCACGUGGAACCGGAGGACGCCUUCAUCGUGAAGAACCGGCCCGUCAAGCUCUCCUGCAAGGCAGCACCGGCCACGCAGAUCUACUUCAAGUGCAACGGGGAGUGGGUCAACCAGAAUGACCACGUCACCAAGGAGAGCCUGGACCAAGUCAGCGGGCUGGUGAUGCGUGAGGUGGACAUCUCAGUGUCUCGUACCCAGGUGGAGGAGCUCUUUGGCCUGGAGGACUACUGGUGCCAGUGUGUGGCCUGGAGCUCCGCUGGCACCACCAAGAGCCGACGAGCAUACGUCCGCAUCGCCUACCUGCGUAAGAACUUUGAGCAGGAGCCUCUGGGCCGUGAGGUGCGUUUGGAUCAGGAGGUGCUGCUGCAAUGUCGCCCCCCAGAGGGCAUUCCCCCUGCAGAGGUGGAAUGGUUGAAGAAUGAGGAGCUGAUCGACCCGGGUCAGGACUCCAACUUCCUGGUGACGGUGGACCAUGACCUCAUCAUUAAGACGGCCCGCCUCUCCGACACCGCCAACUACACUUGCGUCGCCCGCAACGUGGUCGCCAAGAGACGCAGCAGCACCGCCACCCUCAUCGUCUACGUGAGUGGUGGCUGGUCCGAGUGGACUGAGUGGUCCGAGUGCAACGCCAAAUGUGGGCGUGGCUGGCAGAGACGGACACGCAGCUGCACCAAUCCGGCGCCUCUGAAUGGAGGGGCCUUUUGUGAGGGCCCGCCUUUCCAGAGAGUCACCUGCACCACCCUCUGCCCAGUGGACGGCGGGUGGACGGAGUGGUCCAAGUGGUCGGCGUGCGGCACGGAGUGCACCCACUGGCGCAGCCGGGAGUGCCAGGCGCCCGCGCCACGCAACGGGGGAAGACACUGUGUGGGCAGCAUGAUGGAGAGCAAGAACUGCACCGAGGGACUCUGCGUGCGGAAUAAAAAGGUUUCUAUUGAACAUACCAGCCAUCCUCUGGGAGCAGGUUCCAGUGUGGCGGUGUAUGGUGGGCUGGUGGGGGCUCUGCUGCUGUGCGUGCUGCUGAUCGUGUGCGUGGGCGUGCUGGCCUACCGCCGCCGCUGCCACCACAUCCACGGGGACAUCACCGACUCCUCCGCCGCGCUCACCGCCGCCUUCCACCCCGGCAACUACAAGCCCCCGCGCCAAGAUAACCCCCACCUGCUGCACCCCUCCAUGCCCCCCGACCUGACGGCCACGGCGGGCACGGUGCCCCGCGGCCCCCUCUACUCCCUCCAGCAGAGCGCCCUGGACUCCCCCCACAAGAUCCCCAUGACCACCUCCCCUCUCCUGGACCCCCACGCCAUGUCCCCCAUGCCUACACUCAAGAUCAAGGUCUACAACUCCUCCACCAUGUCCUCUCUGGAGCUGCCGGCGGGCGAUGCCGACAUCAUGAGCCUCAAGGCGCUGGGCACCAUGGGUGGCAGCGGUGGCACCAUGGGCAGUAGGCGAGAGAUGGCACCGCACGGCGGGCAUACGCUACCCAGGGAGCCGGGACACAGUGCCAGUGCCACGCUAGGGUGCCUGGGUGGACGACUCACUAUCCCCAACACAGGAGUGAGUCUGCUGGUUCCUCCAGGUUCUAUUCCGCAGGGCAAAUUCUAUGAGAUGUACCUCAUCAUCAACAAGUGGGAGAAAACCACGUUGCCAUCGGAGGGCAGCCAGACGGUGUUGAGCCCGGUGGUGAGCUGUGGUCCGUCAGGUAUGGUGCUGAGCAGACCCGUGGUGCUCACCCUCCCCCACUGCGCUCUCCUCGACUCCCCAGACUGGAGCCUCACCCUCAAGAGCCAGACGCACCAGGGGGCCUGGGAGGAGGUGCUGACGGUGGGCGAGGAGAGCCUGUCGACGCCGUGCUACCUGCAGCUGGAGGAGAGCUGCUGCCACGUGGUGAUGGAGCAGCUGGGCACCUACGGGCUGGUGGGCCAGUCGGCGCCGCCCCACCCGGCCUGCAAGAGGCUGCAGCUGGCCCUGUUCGCCCCGCGCGCCCCCUGCCUCUCACUGGACUACAGCCUGCGCGUCUACUGCAUACAAGACACGCCGCACGCACUCAAGGAAGUCCUGGAUGUGGAGCGUAGUCUGGGUGGAGUGCUGCUGGAGGAGCCCAAGCUGCUGCUGUUCAAGGACAGCUACCACAACCUGCGCCUGUCCAUACACGACAUCCCACACACACACUGGAGGAGCAAGCUGCUGGCCAAGUACCAGGAGAUCCCGUUCUACCACAUCUGGAGCGGUAGCCAGAGGCCUCUCCACUGCUCCUUCAGCCUGGAGCGCGGCAGCCUGGCCGUCUCCCAGCUCACCUGCAAGAUCUGCGUACGGCAGGUGGAGGGGGAGGGACAGAUCUUCCAGCUGCACACCGACAUCCAGGAGACGCUGCCGCCCCACUCCCCGCUGCCGUCGGCGGGCACCUGUCUGCCCUCGUCACAGGUGGGCUCCUACGCCUUCCGGCUGCCCGCCUCCAUACGCCAAAAGAUCUGCGCCAGCCUGGACGCCCCCAGCUCAAGAGGGUGCGACUGGAGGAUGCUCGCGCGAAGCCUGGAGUUCGACAGGUAUCUGAACUACUUUGCCACAAAGCCGAGCCCCACAGGUGUGCUGCUGGACCUGUGGGAGGCCUGUCACCAAGGUGAUGCAGACCUGGUCUCCCUGGCGACGGCUCUCGAGGAGAUGGGCAAAAGCGAGGUCUUGGUCGUCAUGACAACGGAUGGGGAUUGCUGAUUUGCCCAUGCUGAGGGGGUGUGUGUGCCUGCGGGUGUUAUGGGGGUGUGUGUGCUUGUGUGGGGAGGGGUAUGGGUGUGUGUGUG